AUCGAGCAAGCUCCUAUACACUUUUCAAGUUAUUCUGGACGUCUUUCUCCUGUGCUAGCCAAAUCUGGAAAGAAAGCAACAAAAUCAAAAGAGGGGGAGGAUAUCGAUGGGUUGAAGUCCACAUCAGAAACAACUUUAGAAUCUGAAGCGGAUAAACCUGAGUUAACAGCAGAGGAGUUGGAGGAGGAAGGUGACACGAUGCCGUCCUCCCUCACCCUCAAUCGUACCAAGACAAGCAUCUCGCCUGGGCCUUCAGAGGCUUCUUGAUGGUCCCGGUCCUUAUGCCAAUGGAAACCCAGAUAUGGUGUUAAAACGACAGAAGCAGAAAAUGGGAAGCCAUCAAAUCAAAGCCAAGCCUGCAGGAGACGGGAGUGUGGAUGACACGGCUGGUGACCUCCCAACUUCUAUGUCUAGAAGUAAGACCAUGCCAACCCUCGGCCGUCCUAAGAUCUCUCGUAAGAUACCUGUCACAUCCAACCCCUCAGGUUCUAUCAGUACAGAUCGACUAAAGCAUGCCAAGGAAACUGCUGAGCGAGCGAUCAAGCAACGAAAGAUCUUCACCAUCCAGGGAGGGUACUCUGGGGUGAGACAGAGUCUGCGUAAGAGGGGCUGGGUGGAAAAAUUCUACCGAAUUCAAGGACCACCUAAGAAAGCUCGGCGGAAACGAAGAAAGACAGUGGAUGGUGAUGAUGAUUCAGAUGAUGAUGAUGAUGAUGAUGACGAUGAUGAUGACGAUGAUGAUGAUACAGAUAGCGACAAUGACCAGCCAAAGAUAGCUCCAUGGGAUGAGGAUGAUGGAAUCUAUGGCAUUAUGUCACGCAUUGUUCGCAAUAUCAAUCCUACAUUUAUCUGGGUGCUAAAGAGGGACAUUGUCGACUACAGAUUUCUUACUAAAGACCAGAUGGUGAACCACUUCUGUAAGGCCGGGUCAUUUACAACUAAGGUUGGCUUGACGGUCAAUAUGAGAAAUGUUCCAUGGUUUGACAACUCCGAUCCAGAAGGGUUUUUUCCUCGAUGUUUUCGUUUGAGUCACGAGGAAGAGAAAAUAGCUUUUAUAGAUGACUAUCGUCAGACGGCCUGUAUGAAUGUGUUAAAAGCUGUCAGUGCCCACUACAUGGAGGCUGGGUUGUCCGAGGCAGGUGACGAGGAGGAGAAGCGUGAUGUCGGCAGUGAGAAGGAAAGUGCCACUCCCUUUAUCUGUACCGACCCUGAAUGUACACGUUCACGCCCGGGAAAUAACUCUGGUAAUCUGUGUGUCCACGCGCUAGAGAAACAGAAACUUCUGGAAAGGGAGAAAUCCGAGCUCAAAGACAAAGUGCCAAAUCUGCCUAAAGUGUCAACAUCUAGAUCUGAUAAGUCAACCUCAUCAUUUAAAAAACUGAUGAAGAAGAAGAAACGUGUGAUAGUACCGCUUCAGUGUCUGGAGCGGGCCAUGCAGCAAUGUGAACGCUACUUAGAGGAGAAAGAGCAUGAGGAUAUUGACAUCAUGGCAGCUACAAAUGAACUGACACAGGCCCAGUGGGACGAGUUUAUGGUCUGGUACUACCAGCUAUGUCAUGAUGGAGGUGUGAUAUCCGGAGUACCUGAGAACAUGCUAACUGAGGUGGAGAACCUUACUAACCGUCUCAAGUCCAAACACACACAGUAUGAACUGGAUGGAAUGAGGAACGUGUGGAUUGUAAAACCUGGCGCCAAGUCACGGGGCAGGGGAAUUGUGUGUUAUGAUAAAUUGGAAGAUAUGCUGAAACUAGUCAAUAGUCAGGUGGUGAGGAAGGAUAACAAAUAUGUGGUACAGAAGUAUAUAGAGCGUCCCCUGCUGAUUUACAACUGUAAGUUUGACAUCCGUCAGUGGUUCCUGGUGACAGACUGGAACCCGCUCACACUCUGGUUCUACCAGGACAGCUACCUCCGCUUCUGUUCCCAAGAGUAUACACUGGACGACUUUGAUGAGUCUAUUCAUCUGUCUAACAAUGCCAUACAGAAAAACUAUAAAAAUGGCCAGCGUAACCCCAACCUGCCUUCUGAUAACAUGUGGACACACGAACAGUUCAAGGACUAUAUCAAGUCCAAAAACAAGGGAAACCUGUUUGAUGAGCUGAUCUACCCAGCGAUGAAGAAAGCCAUCAUAUGUUCACUACUAUGUACUCAGGACCUGAUAGAGUAUAGAAAGUCAUCGUUUGAGUUAUAUGGUGCUGAUUUCAUGUUGACGGAUGAUUAUCGUCCGUGGCUGAUAGAGAUCAAUUCUAGUCCUAGCAUGGAGAACAGCACAGCGGUCACCUCUCGGCUGUGUAACAAUGUACUGGAGGACACCCUCAAAGUUGUGAUAGACCGGAAGUAUGACAGAAACUGUGAUGUUGGUCGCUUUGAGCUGGCUUACAAACAGCCUGUGGUCACUGUUCCACCCUAUAUUGGAAUUAGCUUGUGUGCAGAGGGCACAGGUGUCCGUAAGCCUGCAGGAUUUAUGAAACGUGGACAAGGAGACAAUGGUGAGGGACAACAACAGUACUUCUCCCCACGAAAAACUCAGGGUAACCAAGACAAUAAUAAGGACACAAAUAAGAGUUUUACCUGUACAGGUGUGACUCGUCGGCCACGGAGUGAGAACAAUGACAGUUUUACCCACAAAGCUGCUACUGUGAACUCGGCCCCAGCCAAGACAACCAAAUCUUCCAAUCAGGAGGCCUCUUCUGUCUAUUACCAUGCCUCACGCAAUCAGCGCAAGAACAUUAUGAAUGGUAACAAUAAAAACUCAACAACAGUAUCUGCUGAUGUUAGAAAGUCACCCACAACUGGCAACAGUCAUGUAAUACUGUCCAGUAGUAACUCAAGCAACCAUUCGGACUCGGACCGAUAUGGGGACCGGGGUGGGGAGGUCACCCGUGAUGUGUCGAUUUUUAAUAAGGAGAACAAUCACCCACUACAGGCGUCGUCCUUUCCUCGACCCGAGAAGUCAACAUCUCUGCCGUCCACCAUGGGCAAUAACUACAUCACAGCGAUGCCCGGUAAAAAAAUUGUGUCAAAGACUUCUGUGUCAAGUAAUUAUUCCAUUCCUGCUGACAAGUUGGAUCGACCCACACUCGCUGUCAACAAUGUUGAAUCUACAGAUCUGCAGACUAUCAAACCUAUGACCUCGGCCUCAAACCAUUCUAAUUCAAAAGGUGUAAGUCCUUUAAUCGAUGGUGCCUGGGCUCGAACUUGUACCGAGUGUGGGAGCGGCAAUAAUCUCCAUCUUUAUUUCAACAAGCCAUACUGUAAAUGUCGGCAGGACAGUGUGUGUAUCCCGCCAGGGUGUGAGCGUGCCCGUAGUGCGAGGGGCUUCUUCCCGCGCCCGCGUAGUAGCUACGGAUCUCCUAGGCCCCCGAGUGCUUGCUCGAAUACAGUGAAUGCAAAGAGCGGUACUUCUUCCACAAGCUUGGCCAUAGUUGCUACCGCUGCAAAGACAAACAACAAAAUUCUCCUCAGAUUUUCUGAUGGAGGAAUUCAGAGGCCUGUGUCGCCAGUGAACUCUCUAUCCAACCCGCUACCCAAAAUUGUUCGGCGUUAUAUUGGCCGCAGGGUCGCUCAAUGUCAUGAAAUAUCCUCUAGUGCCAAUCACAUGUCUGCUGUGUUUUUGGACACCACUCAGCUACAUAACCCGCUUUCUAUCGUGUCUCAUGGGGUGUAUAACACAUCUAGGUAGUUAGUCAACAGCCACACAUAUAUCUCAUCUAAUAACAGCUGGUUUAUACCAGUGGGUUUUAUCAGAAACUAAUAACUAACCCGUCUAUAAGCACCGUUCUACUAAAAUCAUCCAUUUCCAUCAAAAAUAUCUCGUAAGAUAGAUGUAAGUAAAAAACACUUUCAUAAAAAACACCUUAGUUUUUUUUAUGUUUUAAGACUUCUUGAUACAUUUUGUUUCAUAUUAAAAAGGAGAAGAAAAUAAAUUUAAAUAACAAACAAAAAUAAUAAUACUGGAACAAUGAUCGCAAAAUUAUUACAAAUAGUAAGCACAUAUUAAAACCGAAGAACCAACCAUUCUGUCUCUACGAUUCAUAUGAUAUAUCUCUGUCGCCUGAUUCAGAUGUUAAUAUGAGAUGGGGGUUUCCCCCAGUCGUUAUCAUUGUACUGUGUACGAGUUGACGAGUAGUAUAAUAAAGUAUACUAACAAGUCAUGUUUUGUAUUUUGAAGUAGAAGGAAAAACAUUGCUCAAACCCUGGGUUGUGUAGGUAAUAUUAGUUUAACUGGUGUCUAUGCAGGCAACCAUUAGGGAACAAGUUGCUAUACAUUGAACUAGAAAUGAAACCUACACAUUCUUAUAUUAAGUUGUGCCAAAUAUCAUUUCAAUAAAUGUGCAAAUGUUUUGUUAUUUUUCAACAGUGCAUUACAAAUGAUUUGAUUUGUUCUUCCUGUCAUUGUAUUAAGCUGUUUAUAUAAGUUUACUCACCAUACCCUGUAUGUUCCAUGAUUAUCCAUGUUUACUGUCAAAUCAAUCCUUAUAUUUACCAAGGCGAGCUGUUUUACAAUCAUAUAUUGUUGAUAAGUAUUGGUGUCUUUAACGACCAUUGUUUCUUAUACGAUAAUCAACAUAGAUUUGUAAUUUGUAUUGCUAGGCAUUUUAAUUGUUUUUAUUUAUUGUUUUAUUGUUCUGAGGUUGAAAGUGAUACGAUAGAAGUGUUAUGAGAUAUGUUUCUCUUCUGUAUAUGCCAUUGUAUCCAUAAAAUCUCUGAACAUCAGGCGUAAAAAUGGUGACGCAUUUUAUUUAGAGGUUUAUAAUAGACAUCAGCCACUAUAUUGAGCACAUGUUAAAACAAGGACGUCUGUCGGAUAUGAAAAUGGGGAAUGUCAUGGAUAAGAAUCUUGGGAGAACAAUUUGAAUGUAAUUCCUUAGAAUAUCCGUUGUUUUGCACCAUUUAGAAAUAUGAAAAUGGUUUAAACGAGUGUUGCAGUCAUUUACAGUGGAUAUAAUAGAGCUGAAACGUCAAGUAUCCCUUAUAGUACGGGGAUGUUUAUCCGUCUGUGAUCAAGUCAACAUUAGGGCAUUGCCUUAGUAUGAGUUAUAGGUCGUUAAACGUGUUUGGUAUUUUUUUUUACAUUUAUCUGGUUGUCCUUUUCUUCACUGAUGAAUGUAUUGCUUAUUUAAUGGCGACCAUUGUUAAGUUUAUAAUCAUGACGACAUAUUUCCUAAAUGCAGAGUAAAACAAGAACGCUUUGAUAAGGUAUAAUUUGAUUAUACAUUUUACCACAGUUUCUGAUUUUGUUUUUAUUGAUCA